AUGAUACCACUUUCAAAGGAAAACAAUGGAUAUAAUUAUAUCCUUUGUGUGCUGGAUUGUUUCACAAAGUUCGCCUGGACUAUACCAUUAAAGAUACAAAUAGCUGAAGAAGUGACCAAGGCCAUGUCUACAAUACUUAUUGAUAGGUCGCCCAAACUGCUGCAGUACAAAAUAAAAAAGUAUAGCACCUAUUCUACAACAAAAGCCUGCUUUGUUGAAAGGUUUAAUCGCACUCUGAAAACAAACAUGUAUAGAGAGUUUACUGCUCGAGGUUCACAUAAAAGGAUAGAUAUUUUACCCAUGCUGAUAGAUAAUUACAACAGUACAAGGCAUAGAACGAUUGGUAUGACACCAUUGCAGGCAGAAGAAAGUCCUUCACUAGUGACUUUGAAACAACGCGCAAUCGCAAAUACAAAAGUAAAAUUUUGUGUUGGCGAUAAAGUUCGAAUAAGCACUCACAGAUGA